AUGACAAAUCUUGCAAAACUUGAGUUCAUGGCUCUAGACAUUACUGGAAAAAGUUAUUUGUCAUGGGUAUUGGAUGCUGAAAUACAUUUGAAUGCCAAUAAUCUGGGUGAAACAAUUAAAGAAGGAAAUAAAGCAACUACCCAAGAUAAGGCAAAAGCCAUGAUCUUUUUACGCCAUCAUAUUCAUGAGGCUUUGAAAAGUGGGUACCUCACUAUCAAGGAUCCACUUGUCCUUUGGACCAACCUGAAAGAAAGGUAUGACCACCAGAAAACGGUAAUAUUACCGAGAGCUCGUUACGAGUGGAUCAACUUAAGGUUGCAAGACUUUAAGUCUAUAAGCGAGUACAACUCGGCAAUGUUUAGAAUCACAUCACGAUUGAUUCUAUGUGGUGAAAAUAUUACUGAUAAGGAAAUGUUGGAAAAAAACAUUCUUAACAUUUCACCCCUCGAAUGUGAUACUGCAACAACAAUAUCGUGA